UCGUGAGAAACGUUUAUGUGAAGCUCACGAGGCUAGCUGGAAGAUCGAACAAGAAUGCACUGAUUUCUUUUCGAAAUGUAGGGUAUUAACAUUGUUUGAAAGUCAUGAGGAGCAUAGAUAGGGAAAAGAAAACCCUUUUGCAAUUAUUUGAAGAAAAUGCUUGCUCCGAAAGCGUUGAAUUUGGACAACGAUUCUGAACGAGCCGAAGACGGGUCGUUACCAGAAGUUUUGGAAGAUGACAUUUCGCUUGCUGAACGUUUAAAUUUGCCACGAAUUAGCGGUCAAAAUACUGCAGGAAAGCAGCAGAUACGAUCCUCUUUUCAAAAGAAGGGUGGAUUUGUUAUCCCACGAAAGAAGAAGCAAGCGAAUGAACUUCUUCAGCCUUCCAGUUUUGAUACCAGAGAGGGGAAGGAGUUACUUCGGAAUGUCGCGCAAUCGUAUCGAGAUCCCGUAGCUGGCGCUACGCUUAAAUUUGAAAAGCUCGAGCUUGUAUUUAAUGAUCAGCUGUCCCGAGAGUACCAGGAUAAAAAACAGUCCAUGCGGAACGAAUGGCGAAAUUCUAAAGAACUUGAAGACAAAUAUGCUUUCUUCUACACUGUUGAUCGCGAAGAGGCAAGGAAAAUUUGUGAAAAUGGAUUGGAGGUUGGUUCAACAUCAUUAACAUGUUUGGGAGAUCCAUCAAUGGGUGUAUAUCUCAGCCGUCAUGCUGACAUCAUAUCCAGGAAACCUCUUGUUCAGGGUGCUCUGGGAUAUCUUAUUAUUUUCAAAGUCAUCAAGGGCAAGGUAAAACCAGUUACAGAACGGAAUGCAACAACUGCUAGUGACCUACUUGAGCCAACACCAAACUUUGACUGCCAUGUUUCGAGAUCCCUUCAGAAUCUUCAAGCAAACAGUCCCCUUAACCAGGUGUUUGAAUACUCACAGUAUUAUUUCUAUGAGUUUGCUGAGGAAGGUGAUGACCUUCAUGUAAAAAGGCCACGGCAUUGUCUUCCUUACGCUGUUAUCACUUUUUCCAUGGGUGAUUCAUCUGGUCCUCAUCAAGAAUCUUCUAUUGCACAGGAGGAAUUCUCAAGUUUAGACAACAGUGGUUUUUCAUUGCCAGCAAAGGGUUUUGCAAGACGCGAGACAAGAAUUCCGGAUAAGAGACGAAGAAGCAGCCAUGUUGUUUGGAUGGGAAAGAUUACAAACAAAGACAGACUAUUGGCUAAUGCUCAGCUUGUUUGCCAUUCUACGCAGAAAAUCAAGCUUCCCUUUGAAAUUGGUGAGAAGAUCGUCAUGAAGGAGAAAAUAUCCUUUCAGCAGCUGAGGCCAUUCUUGACUUUCCCACUUUUUCGUUCUGGUCCACCAUCUGUGUCCAGAGUGUGCAAAGCAUCUUUAGCAGGUGGGACAAGCUUUUUGCAUUGUGAUUUAGUCCCAAUUGAAGAUGAUCAUGGAAAACUUAGAAAACUUGUGAAGUUUUUCCAGGAAAAAAAUUGGGCUGGAAUUGUCAAAAAUCCAGAUGCCAAUAGAGUGAUAUUUCUAAUUCCAACCUCUCAAAUCACUUUGGACCUUGGCAUUACUACAGUAGAUUCACCAGCAACACUUCAUGUUCUCCUCUAUUUGAAGAAACACAAAACUGGCAGAGAGAGCCUUGUUAGCAUAACGACAAGUGGCUCAGUGACUGGAAACGAUUUUGGAGAAGUCAAGACAGUGAGUCAAAUUCAAAAGGAACUGAAAAGACAUCUGAGUACAAAGGUUGAUGGUAAGGAGAAGCUCAUUGAAGCGAGACGGCACAGUUUAGAUUCUACAAGACCAUUAGCUGCCCUGGCAUCCAGUAGCAAGGAAAGACAAGAUAUGUCGGAGUUUCUUUUAUCUGAUAAGGUGACAAAUGAGCAAACAGUGAAAUGGAAACGUGAAGUGGAAAGUUGGCUUAGCAGGCCACACCCUUUAGGAGGCAUUGAGGGAGAUUUUCAGAAGUCGACAAUUCAGUCCUCUUUUGCUCCUGCUCAUGUUCCCAAUCCCAGAACAGCUCCAAAUUUGCCUUUCCAGGCUGUACAUGCAAGAUUGAGUGGUAAUAACGAGGAACAGAGACUGUUCUUUGGGAGACAAGAUAUGAAUUUUAGAACUAGUGGGAAUGUGGAACAGCACAGAGUGUUUUCUGGACAGCAAGACAUCUCAAUUAGAACAGCAAACACAGAGAAACAGAAUUUAGCUCUUGGAAAGCAAGAUCAACAUGCGAGACAUGAAGGAAAUGUAGAGAAACAGCAGGUUCUUCGAGAGCACACUGAUGACCUGAGAAAGGAAGACAAAGUAAUACCUUCACCAGCACUUGUUGUGAGGAAAGAACAACACAGGGAAGAUCCGAGAUUGAGGAUGAGGCAUUCUGUUGAUGAUGAUGAUGAUGAACCAGCCACAUCAACCAGCAAUGGUAGCCAUGGUGUGCCUUAUAAUGCACAAGCAUCACUGCAAGCGCAAGGAGUAAAACUGAAUUCUACUUCAGUUCCAUCUACAUCAUUAAUAACAGCUACUAACCAACAGUCUAAGUAUCAAGUCAAUAGUGAAUUUCUAAAUGAGUUGUUGGUGAAGAUGAAGUUUCCAGUAUCCGAAGAAUCGAAAAAGAAUUAUCAAGGGAAUAGUGAGAUUAUAGGGAGUUUGUUGGAAAACAUGAGAUUACAGAAACCAGACAAAUCAAGCCCAAAGUGUCAAGUGAACACUGAACUUCUAAAGGAGCUCUUGAACAAGAUGAAAUUACAAAAGCCAGAGGAUUCAUUGUCCACCAUGAUUGAUGGCAUUAGAAAAGUCUUUGACACAGUGAAAGAUCAAUCAAAGUCUCAGAGUAUUAAACCGCAGUCACAAGAUUCUGUGAUGGGGGAAAAAACUGCUGAUAUGGCAGUUUCGUCAAGGAUUGCUGAGAAGUCUGUGAAGAGAAGCCUUAGUAGGGUGGGUUCAACAGAUGUGAUAGGGGAAAGAUCUCAAAAACAUCAAGGUAGUGCAUUAGUAUUGUCUACACAGUCAUCUGGAGAGCAAAACUUGAAAAGCAUUGAGAAGAGGAAGGAAGAAAAACAGAAGAGGAAGGAAGAAAAACAGACACCUGUUGUAAGGCCUGAAAAAAAAGCUAUGGAAGAUUCUCAAGCAAAGGGGCUGAAACAGCCCAAAAACACUCCUAACAGUGCAGCAACACCCACUAGCAAUAAGCCAGUUAAGGAGCAGACUGUACCAGAACUUUCUGAGGCCCCGCCUCCAGCGAUUCCUUCUUGCGAUACCCUGAGAAGACCACAAUCAGAUUCUGAUGUACCACCCAAAAAACCCAAGUUGACACUGAUUCUUAAGAAAAGAGACUCUAGAGAGGUUUCAGCACAAUCAUCCGGUGAUGAACAUGGUCAAACAAUGGAACCUAAGCUUGCAAAACAGUCUCAAGGGACGGAGCAGAAGGAAAAAGCUGAUAUUCAAGCAGAUAGAAAGUCGCCUGAUUCACCUGUAUCCAUGGAUUUGAGUCCCCAAUGCACUACGCCAUCAGGAUCAGUUAGUCCUAUAACUGUGGUAUCCUCCAAAGGACGGUACCACUCUGUAGGAACUCCAGCAAGUACUCCUUCAACAGCUCCGACUGCUAUAGUGUCGUCAAGUUUUCCAUUUAAUCCACCCCUUCCUCAAGGGCCUUUUAGGAGUCCAUUGAGCAUGGUACCAUGCACAAGUCAGCCAAAUCCACCAUCAGUUCAUUCUGCACCGUUUUCAUCCCCCUUCCUACCCUCACCAAUUAUUAGCACAAGUGCUCCACCCGUACUUCAGAAUCCAUCAGUUUCAUCAGCACCUCUUGGUGGAACUCUGCCCUUCGGUUCUGCUCCUCCACCACCACCUGGCUCGAAGUUUGUGCCAUACUCUCCGGUCUCACCAGCACCUGUUUCUUCUUUAGCCACUACCAUACCACCUCGGCCAGCACCUAGUGGCUCAUCCUUUCCCCCUCCACCUCCACCUUCACAUCCAACCAUUCAGCACCGUGAGCAGCUGUGGACACCUCCUCUUCCACCCAAUCAGAGAUUUGGUUUCCCCACAAAUAUGCCACAUCCACCAGGCAUUGCACCAAUUUCUCCAUCUGAGGUACCACGGUGGCCUGCAAACACCCCUCACCCAAGGCCUGUUCUUCCACCACCAUGUCUUCCACCAACAGGUGGUAGACCCCAUCAUGUUUUCCCCCCAAGUGUGCCAUUUCCAGGCCCAGUGCCAGAGAUACCUGCUGUGUCACGCCCGAGAGUAGGAUUUCCACAAAUGCCGGUUCAGGGGUUCAAUGUUCCUCCUUUGCCUCAUACUGGGCCAGGACACCCUCAUCUAGGUAGUGUUCCUGCAGCCCUGCAAAUGAUGCCUGUGCACCACAUGUAUGCUGCAGGGCCUUCAGUGCCUCAGUUUCCACUACGACAACAAGGUCCUAUUGGAUUUUGGGUUGCUCCAAUUAAAACUGCUUCUGCCUCAAGUGGAGGCGCUAAAGGCUACGUGAACAUAAUGCCUUCCCAAUCUACAGAACAAAGGUAUUCAAAGGAGUUAACACCAACAAUAACCAGAAAGGAUGCAGACCCUCAAAAAGGUGAGACAAGAAAAGAAAACAACAAACAUCUUGGUUUUGCAAAGGUGAAGAAAGAUGCUGAAGAGAGACAAAAGGAGAACGAUGCAGAUGGUGUCAGAACGAUGGACAAGGUACAGAAAUCAAGCACUCAAACGGGGGACCAACCUGAUGCUGUGACAAGCAUGUCAGAGAUGACAGUUGUUGGCCCUUCAAAAGAGAAUAGACAGAUAACAGCUAGCGAAAGAGACAAGAAAGAAACGCCUACGAAGGUAAACGUGACUGUCAUCAGGCCAACUAAGGAGUCUAUGGAUAGGGUGGAGCAGUGUAGCAGGGAGACAAAAAUAGUAGACACCAAGGCUGUAGAAACAGCAGAGAAACCCUCGGAAUCAGCAGUUAAAAUGGCAUCAACGAAUGAAGUAGAAACCCAGGGCUUAGAAGUAUCAGGGUUUGACAAAAUGUCCGUAAGAGAGCGUAAUGAAUCACCCAGUAAACGUUCGCCAACUCGCGAGUCUAUUUACAACGAAAAUCAAAAUGUGGGUGAAACAGAAAGGGAAGGAUACAGUGAUAUUUCAGGAAACCUUGACGAUGUGGGUUUCGCAAAGGAUGACAAUGCUGACGAUGGGCCAAAAGAAAAAAGCACUGAAGCUAAGGACCCUUGUCUUACUGAUGCCAAUGAGUCUCAAAUUUCAGCCUCUCAACUCUCAACAGAACCCUCAGGUGUUCAAACUGAUAGACAAGGAGACAUAGCAUUCUCUGGAAGAAGUGCAGACGUUUUGGACAGUAAACCGUCUAGUGUUUUAACCGCCACACUAUAUCAAACUGACGCAGAAUACAAGGAAUCCAAAAACUAUAGAUCAGAACCUCCUAAAAAUAUUGAUAAACACAGUGAUGUAUCAAUCUCUGGAAACAGUGCAAAGCUUUUAGACAUCAACCAUUCUUUGUGUUUGCCUACCAUACCCUACCAAACUGAAGCAGAGCGAAAGGGAUCUAAAGCGGUCAGUAAGAUCUAUGAUAUUCUUCGGCGGAAUGCUCAGGAGUCCAGAUCUGGUACAGAAGAGGUGGAAGGGGAAGAGAUGGAAGGAGAAGUGGGAGAGGAAGUGGAAGGGGAGAUGGAAGAGGAGAUGGAAGAGGAAGUGGAAGGGGAGAUGGAAGAGGAAGUGGAGGGGGAUUUGGAAGAGGAAGAGGAAGGAGAGUUGGAAGAGGAAGUGGAAGGGGUGCAAGAAGAGGUGCAAGAGGAAGUAGAAGAGGAGUUAGAGGAUGUUACUGACUAUAAUAACCCUGAUGAUCCAGAUCUCAGUGUCGUGGAUGACGAGCUGUAUGUUCACGAAGAAGGUUUCACAGAAGAGAAUAAGGUGAUAUUUAGUGGAGAGGAGAGUUCCCCCAGUAAAAGGACCGUCCACAUAGAGAGUGGCUUACGUGUUGUGCAGCUACUUGACUUAGGAUCUUUUGAGACAGCCACUGAGAGGGAGAGAGACAACGAAGAGUCUUCAAUCCUCAAUGCUAACGAGUCUGCAGCACAUGCUGGCAAUAGUUUACCAUCGCACAAAACAGCACAAGAAACUGUGCCUAAAGGGGAGAGUGAAUACGAAGAUGUCAGUGAUAUAUCUGAUGAAGGAACUCCUGAAAGGGACCUUCCUGGUAAAAAAAAUUAA